UCUAUUGAAAAUGUGUGGAUUAUUCUUUCCAAAAAGUAUCUAGUUAAUGGGGGGGGGGAUCCCAACAUCUUAAAUUCAUUCUUUUAAUUUAGCAAUGAAUAGGGUUUGAGUUAUUCAUCCUGGAUGUUUAUCAGAGUCUGUUGAUGGUUACAAAAAUUGCAUGGUGUGGAUGUUUAAAAACCAAACAAGAAACAACUUGUAUUCAAGUUGUCGUUUGCUUACACCACCCUGGGAAAAAAAUACCUAAACUCUAUGAUAAUAUUGCCAAUAUUUUGUACAUAGAGAAACUGUCUAUUGUAUAGUAGCAAAUAUAAAACAUUCCUCAAUAUUUGUAUUUUUAAAUUAUCAGGUAUCCCCCUGAACUUUACCAAUGUGAAUGAACUGGCCAAGUUUGUGACUAUGGUGAUCUUCACUAGCUCAGUCCAGCAUGCUGCUGUGAACUCUGGACAGUUUGACUAUGGUGGCUGGAUGCCCAACCUGCCAACCACCCUGCGACGUCCCCCACCAUCCACAAAAGGGGAAGCAACUGAGGCCACAAUACUGGAGACACUGCCAGACAAAAGCACAACACUUGCAGCCAUGACCACAUUGUAUUUGCUGUCUAGGAAAUACAGUGACUUUGUUCCUUUGGGCACUUACCCUGAGACUCAAUUCACAGAGGAGCAACCCCUGAAGCUGAUGGAAAAAUUCAAAGAAGAGCUGCAAGAGCUAAGUAAAGUUAUAAAGGAAUGAAACAUCAAACUGGAUGUCCCAUACAAAUACCUGGACCCAGAAGAGAUUGAAAAUAGUGUGUCCAUUUGAAAAUUAGAUGAUCAGAUAUGUUCCAUAUCAAAUUCAGUCACCGAUUCACAAAAAUGAGCUAAGGAGGAAAUGCAUGUUUUACCAAUCUUUUCUGGUGUCGCACAAAUGAUAGUCUUUUGGGUCUUUAUUGAUAACAUAAAGCAUGGUGGUUCUGCAGCAUGACUAGUUAAGGUUGUUUCUUGGAUUAAGAAACCAGCUACCAAGAUCAAGUACAAAGUAGAACCUCUUUGGGAUACUUGGAUCUUGAGAUUUGUGCUUAUUGUUGUUUCACUGCAUAAAUUAAUCAGUGUGCUUCAUCUACCUUGCGCAACUAUUGUAAUAGUUAGAUAUUGUUGACCAAAAAUCCAAAACAGUACAAAUACAUGUAAUACGUUGUAGGCUCUAGUUUGAUUAGUAGGGAUUUUUGAUUAGUCGAUGUGUAAACAGUGAGCAUAUUUGUAUGUAUUGGUGUUUCAACUGAAAAAUAAACAUGUCUGGCCUGUGGAUGUUAUGGUGGGGUGACGGUUAAACUUACUUGUUAAAUGAUCUAUUGUCAGAUUUCUAUGUGGAGAUUGCUGAAAUGUAUUUACUAUCUUGAUGAGUGAAAAUUUGAGUUUGUAUUUUUUAGAUAUUAAAAUGGGGCUAUAGUGUGGUCUUCAAAAAUGACUAGACAUUUGAAAAGGGUUACAAAAAUAUUAAGAAACAGAAUUCAGUUGUUGCCAGAAUAAGAUUUUUCAUUUUAGCUAAAAAAGUGUUAUUUUGCUUUCUUUAUUCAAUUAUUUUCAAAUGACUAUUGUAUUGUUAUGGGUGGUGGAUUUACAUUUGUUCUGUACUUUGCUAAUUACCUAAAUUGCUCUGUAAUUUUUUUUUAUUAAUCUUAUGGACCACCUGUGACAUGAUUUGAGAACCAGUUCAAUCAAUAUGGAAACAGUUCUAAUAUUUCAGGUGAUAUUUUAAUGACUAUUUGUUUAAAAAGUUAUAACACAAGAAGUAAUACAUAUUAUGGCACACAACUAUGAUUUUUGAACUAUGUCACAGAUAUUAGAU